UUAGAGAAUGUUGUACGGAAGACACAAGACCUGAGACUUGUGUUAUUCUAGCAGCUGAACUGACCCCAGCCUCUUCUGAGCGGCCGUGGCGCCGGAAGCAGUCUGGCCUACAGAAUUAUGGAUUCAUUAACAGAUCCUACUGUAUGCUCUGACAGCUAUGACCACAAUGGUCCACCCACAAAUGAAUUAUCAGGCACGAACCCGGAGGCACGUAUCCAUGAAAGUCCACAGACAAAUGAAUUUAAAGGAGCAACCGAGGAGACACUUACGAAUGAUAUCCCACACAGCAGUGAAUGUAAAGGAGCAGCCCUGGUGUCACCUAUCAGUAAAAGGAGGCUACUGCCCCAAAGAUAAACCCACCAUCAGAUUGUAUGGAGGCCCUGCCUUGGGUCUGUAGUUACUUAGCCCUUUCUGAGGGGCAGGAAAGACAUCCAUGAUUGGUGAAGAGUUACUGGUGGUAUUUGAAUGUGAAAAGGCAGAAAAUUACAAGGACA